AUGGUUAGUGAUGAGGAUGCAAGUUUCUUCAAAGGGAACCUAGAGAGAAGGGGGAUUGAUACAAAUCCCAGCUGUGACUAUUGUGGGAGUGAAAGUGAAGACUCCCAACACUUGUUUAGAUUCUGUAAUUUAGCAAAACUGGUGUGGAUGUACAGUCCUUUGCAGAUUUGCUCAAAUGAUGUUGAAACUGUUUCUCUGAAGAAAUGGAUUCAAAGCUAUAUCCUGCUUUUUAAUAGCAAGGAUGGAGGAAGUGAGGCAAAGUUAGAUGCCUUUAUUUCAAUCUUGUGGAGCUUAUGGGUGACAAGGAAUGAAAGGGUCUUUAGAAAUGAAAGCAAACAUGUACGAGCAGUUCUCUUGACCAUGGACAGAAUGUUAGGAAUGGCUAAACACUUCAAAGAGUGUACCCUAGCUACUGGGAAAAGCAUGAUGAAUAUAUGUAAGCCUCUAGGGUUUGACUUGGUUCAACUUGGAGCUGUUCGAAAUCAGGUGGCAGACUUUAUACUACAGAUUGAUGGUUCUUGGGAGAAGAAGACAAGGAAAUCAGGAGGAGGAUGGGCUUUUAAGGAACAUAGUAAUGCUAGGUAUAGAGAAGGGGGUGGCUGCUAUGGUAGUGCUCUCUCAGCUACACAAGUUGAAACAGAGGUGUGUCUCAAAGCAAUGGAAUGGGCAGAAAAACAAGGCAAAAGGGAAAUCUUGGUCAUUACUGACUCCUCCGUUCUAGUCUCCACUCUUGAUAACAUAGAAAUUGCAGAUAUCUCAAUGUUUUGGAUGGUUAGUAGGAUCCGAAGACUAGCUACAACUUUCAAUAUUUGUUCUUUUCUUAAGGUUGAUCGAGGACAAGUUCAAGAGGCUCACGAGAUUGCGAACAAGUGUAGAAAAAACGGAGUGACUUUUAAUUCUGUAAUUUAG